AUGAUCCGAUUUGUCCAGAAAGACCUGGAUGUACCACGCGCGACAGUGACCCAAUUUGAUUUUCACAGACACGAUGUUGCCCGGAAGAUACGCGACACGCCGUUACCUAAUAGUCCACUUAACCGAGAGCAGGGGCCAGUUGGUAGACCAGAACACAGGGACUUCACAGGCAACACUUUAAUGGAUAUUUACGCUGCACGUUUCGAUUACGAAGUCACCACGGUCUUACCAACUGUACCACCUAUAGGUCGAAGGGGACCUAUGUAUGCAGACCCAGUUUAUGUCUUUGAGGGGGCGCCAAUUAUCGCGACUACAUCUACGGAGGAUGCUGGAGUAGCGGCGGCUCCGGCGGACUAUCACAGCGAUGAUAUAGAUCCAUCCGACACUUACGUUCCUCCUCCUCCUCCUCCUGCUCCUGCAAUGAUGGCACAAGCGGUCCCGGAGUUUGACGAGGAGAUAUCCUCCGAGGACUACGACGAGGAAGAGGCGCCCCCCUACACCAUCGAAUUCCAGGACGGAGGCGCGCGGAAACGCAGCUUGACCGCGCCCAAGAGCCGCACCGCGCGCUUGACUACCUCCGCUCUGCUGCGAGAGGCGCUCUGGGGCGCAGGAUCUCUAAAGCGCCCGGCCAGGACGUCGCUGCACUCGAUAUUUCCUGGCCGCGUGGCUAAGAGGCGGAAGAUCGACGUGGUCACCGAGCCCGACUACGAGGAAGAAUAG